AUCCGCCCGCGUGAAUUAACUCCUUUAAUUGACUAUCACUAGUAAUAUUGCUCCUACUUUCCUCUUCUUGUCGCCUCGCUUCUCUUCUCCGAUCAUCUUCGAGGACGAGGCCUCUUUUCUUUCCCCCAAAUUUGUUGUUGAUCGAGGAAGAGGAGGAGGAGGAGAUCCAAUUGGAAGAUCGAUGGAGGGUUACGAGCGCGAGUUCUGGCAGUUCAGCGACCAGCUCCGCCUCCACAACUUCUCCAGCCUCUCCAUCGCCGACUCCAUCUGGACUCCUGCCGUCGAUCGCAGCAACAGCAACAACAACAACAAGCUCGCCUUCGCCACCACCACCACCAACGCCGCCGACCGCUACAACUACAGCUCCCCCUCCCAACAGCACCUGCUCAACAACAAGUCCGUCGUCGGCCGGCCAGCCGCCAAGAUUAACAACUACUACUACUACAGCACCAGCAGCGAUGACAUCAUCAGCGGCAAGAAGAAGGGCAUCGACGGCAGAAACAACAGCAAGAAGAGCAGCAGCAUCAGCAGCGAGAAGAGGUUGAAGAGGCUGGCGGCGUCGGAGUCGCUGGCGAAGGAGGAGGCGAUGGGGGGGUACAUCUUCGUGUGCAACAAGGAGACGAUGGAGGAGAACCUGAAGAGGCAGCUGUUCGGGCUGCCGUCGAGGUACAGGGAGUCGGUGAGGGCGAUCAGGCCGGGGCUGCCGCUCUUCCUCUACAACUACUCCACGCACCAGCUGCACGGCAUCUUCGAGGCCGCCAGCUUCGGCGGAUCAAACAUCGAUCCCACCGCAUGGGAGGACGACGACACCAAGCAGUCCAGGUUCCCAGCCCAGGUGCGGGUGGCGACUCGGAAGAUCUGUGAGCCGCUGGAGGAGGACGCCUUCCGGCCGGUGCUGCACCACUACGACGGCCCAAAGUUCCGGCUGGAGCUCAGCGUCGCCGAGGCCGUCUCCCUUCUUGACAUCUUCGCCGAGAAGCUCUUCGCCUGAUCCAUGUCCAUGUCUCUCUCGCCUCAAAUAACAUCAUCAUAUUCAUAUCGAUCGUUAAAAUGACACACACACUAAGUUAGCACGGAUUAUACAUAUUACAGGGUUUUUGCCAUCGAUCGUUAGGUAUAUGGAGUAUAAAUACUACUAGUAGUAAGUUACCAGGACGAAAUCUUUAUUGCUGUAAUAUCAUACACCUCUAUAAGUUGCAUUUAAAUGGUUUCCCACCCUCUACAAAUAAAUUUAAGAAAAAAAAAUUAAUGGUGUGCUGCCCUCUACAAAUGAAUGAAGCCAGCAGGUUAAAUUAGCCAUUAGCAUAUUACCAUAAUCACCAUCUCCACGAUAACAAAAUGGCAAGACAGGGCUAACUUCACUAUGUAUAGCGAAGAUGUCAAAGUAGAAUCAAGGGAAUGUCGUGGCAACGCUUCGGCGCAAGGAAAAAGGACAUACAUUACGAUUAAUAGGAUGAAAAAUCCUAGAGUACAGCAGCAAUGAUUUUGAUCGUCAUUUGGCCUACAAGCACCCCAAAUGACUUCGAUAAAGAGUACAAACGGUUCCGACUAGUACUAAAUUACAGCAGUAAAAUCGAUUCCUCCAUAACAUUACUAGUUCAAAAACUGACUGAUAGUAUCAACUAAGCAUCACAGAGGCUUCUGACACUCGGAGAGCAUCACUCUCUCUCUCUCUCCUUUCUGCGCGCAGGGUGUGUUGCGCCAGACUCAAAACUCUGUAGUUUGUGAUGCAACUGUUUAUCACAGGAACAAACUUAUCAGAGGAUAUCCAAAACACUUCCAUUUCAACAAUUCCAACUAUGCUACAACACUUACUGUACGUGGAGUGGAGGUGGCAAUUUGCUCGGGCAGCUCCUGUUUUCUACAUUUGAUUCGAUCUCAUUCGUAUUUUCGGACAAAUUCAGAAUAUUAAAAAUUCGAAAACGGAACAUGAAAUUCGGAAUAUGAAAGUGGAGCGAAAACGGUUUUGUGCUUGUUCAACCGAUUUCUAUAUUUCGGAACCUUCCGUAUUUAUAAAUUCGGUUAAAACCGAAAUUGGCCCACUAUCCGUUCACAGUCAAAGCCCAAGCUCAUUUAGAUGAGAACCCUAUCUUCUGAGGGGAGGAGUCACGACCGUCCACGGCUGAGAGGCGGCGGCUGCGUCCUGCGUGCGUCGCUGCGUGAACGUGACUGCGUCGUCGGCGUCGCUGGUCUGCGUGGACGCUUAUCUCUCCGCCGCCGCCGGCGCCUCCGGUCUUCCCGCUGCCGCCUCAUCUCCCACGGGCGGCUCAUCCAUCCGCCGGCGGCUCCAUCUCCUGCUGCUCGUCCUCCCGUCGGCGGCUUGUCCGGUGGCUCGUCCUCUUGCUGCCCCUCCUCCCGCGACCGUAAGCGGCGAGCCUGCCCUCUUCAGUCUCCAUCUCGCCGACGAGCCUGCCUGAACUCGUCCCCAACAUCUGCAGUAGCACUAGCACGUACCGGCUUCUAGUGGCACCAGCAGUAGUUACAAUUUCCACGCCUCAAUCGAUCUAUAGUUGCAAUGUAAAUUUGAUUAGCAGUUGUUCAUAAUAUUGUAAAUCCUACUAUGCAACAAUACUUAUGUGAAGUUAUGGGUUAAUGUUUCUCGUGCUUUAAUUUUA